UGAAAUGUUUUGCUUUUAUAUAUUACACAUUAUAUAUAAUCAUAUAUAAUACAUAAUAUGUACAUUAAUUUCAUUUACAUAGUGCAAUAUUGGUCAGUAUUUGGACUAAAGCAUUACAUCACUGAGAUUACAAGGUAUAUUGGCCUUCCAUCUUUUCUGAUGAUGAUGAUUACAAAUUAAUUAUUAUUAUUUUUUAAAUACUUUCCCCCCAUUGUUUCUAGCAUUUUCGUAAUAAAAUGGAUAUCAAGCCAGUAUUAAGGAGAUUUGGCUCUCGUGUCCGGGCCAUUCUCACAUUUCUCUUCGCUCUCCUGGUACUUGGGGUGAUGUUAUGGGCAUACAUCUAUGGUUUCCAGAUAGCCACAUCUCCGUAUAACAUCAUUUCAUUUGGUUUCUAUGGAGUGCUGCUUAGCCUCCACGUCCUAAUUCAGAGCUUUUUUGCUUUUGUGGAGCAUAGAUGCAUGAAUGCAAGACGCAAACCAUGCUCUUACACAAAAACCAUCGGCUUAACUAUAUCAGCCUAUCAGGAGGACCCUGCUUAUCUCCAUGAGUGCCUUCAGUCAGUACGGGCUCUGCAGUAUCCAUCUGAGCUGCUACGCAUCAUCAUGGUGGUGGACGGGAACUCAGAAGAUGACCGCUACAUGAUGGAGAUGUUCCGUGAGGUCUUUGCAGACCAGGAUCCUGGCUGUUAUAUAUGGCAAAACAACUAUCACUCUUGGAACCCCACUGGUCCAGAAGCAGACGACGGAGUUGUGUUUGAAGACCCUCAGCGCUUAGAGGUUGAAGAACUCAUCAGGACCAAGAAGUGUGUGUGCAUCAUGCAAAAAUGGGGAGGAAAGAGGGAAGUGAUGUAUACAGCAUUCAAGGCACUAGGGUCCUCAGUGGAUUAUAUACAGGUAUGUGACUCAGACACGAAAUUAGACCCCCUGGCCACAGUUGAGCUCUGCAAGGUGCUGGAGAGCAACCAGAAAUACGGUGCGGUGGGAGGCGAUGUGAUGAUCCUUAACCUUAAAGACUCCUGUAUCAGCUUCAUGAGCAGCCUGCGCUACUGGAUGGCAUUUAACAUUGAGAGGUCCUGCCAGUCCUUCUUCGACUGCGUCUCCUGUAUCAGCGGCCCCUUAGGUCUUUACAGGAAUGACCUGCUGCAGCAGUUUCUGGAAUCCUGGUACAACCAGAAAUUUCUUGGCACCCACUGUACUUUCGGGGAUGACCGUCAUCUCACCAAUCGAAUGCUAAGCAUGGGCUAUGCUACAAAGUAAUACACUGCUCGUUCAAAGUGCUACACGGAAACUCCUGCCCAGUUUCUGCGCUGGCUCAAUCAGCAGACACGUUGGACCAAAUCCUACUUUCGUGAAUGGCUCUAUAAUGCCAUGUGGUGGCACAAGCAUCACCUGUGGAUGACCUACGAAUCCAUUGUGUCAGGCAUCUUUCCUUUUUUUGUCACUGCCACCAUUAUCAAGCUCUUCUGGACAGGCACUCUGUGGGACAUUUUGUGGGUCUUGUGCUGCAUCCAACUGAUUGGUCUGGUAAAGGCAACCUAUGCCUGCAUCCUACGACAGAAAGCAGUGAUGCUCUUCAUGUCCUUAUACUCUGCCCUCUAUAUGACCAGCCUCCUGCCUGCCAAAUACUUUGCCAUUAUCACCAUGAACAAAAGCAGCUGGGGGACAUCAGGCCGUCGUAAGAUGGUGGGGAAUUAUAUCCCCCUGGCACCUCUAUCAGUGUGGGCUGCCAUUUUGUUGGGAGGCCUGGGGUACACGAUCUACAAGGAAAGCAAAAAGGAUUGGACAACAGAUGUAAAGAAAGAGGAGAUCGAGUUUUUAAUAUUUGGAGCUGUAGCUUAUGUGUGCUACUGGCUUGUAAUGAUCUGCCUCUAUUGGAUGUGGUUUCGGAGAUUAUUCCGAAAACGCUCACAGAGUUACACUGUGAAUGUAUAGGGCAAUUAUUUGGGCACAUUUUCUAUUUAUUAUUAUUUUUUUUUUUUAGUAUUGCACAUAAUUUAUGCAAUUUAUGAUGUCCACUAAGUAUUCAGAGAUCAGGAAUGAUGUGGAAGCGACCAGUUUUUAUCAAAUACAAUGACUACAUGAAAUGUAGAGAAAGCAGUCAUACAGAGUCAACAUUGAUGCUGUAGCUUUUUAAACUGAACAAAUAUAGCACUGAACCCAAAUAAUACAACUAUGUUAUUAUUAGUGAGGGAAUUCGAUCAUAUCAGUGUACACUAUUGAGCUUACUGAAGUGAUAUUGAUUGCUGAAAUAACUGAGCAAACACUAAGACAUCCUGUUACAUAAAUAGAUACAUACACUGAACAGCACUGAUCAUGUGAUAUUGAUGAUAUUUUAGCAAUUGUUAUUAUCGGAAUGACUACUAACACAAAUAUGACAAAUAUUUCAUGAGAAACAAUUGUGCAGACAUUUCUAAAUGUAUUUUGUGAUAUGUAUUGAUUUAAAAUAUUUUUGAAUUGUUUCUGAUUUAGCUUUAUGAUUUUUAUUUUAUGAUGUCUUUUAGCACUUUAACAGAAUAUGUUGAGUCAGUAUAUUUACUGAUAAAUACUUUCGGCAGAAAUAUUGUGUAAAUGUGAAGUUACAAAUGUUUGUUAUUUAAACAA